ACCAUCAUGUGACAUAAUCAAUAGACCGCAAAAUGGCGUCUGUCAACACAAUUUUGUUGUUUGUUUUUGUAUUUUCCUUCAUAUCCUUAUUGACAGUUUGUAAUGCUGUCCGAUAUGACCCUACCUGGGACUCACUUGACACACGUCCAAAUCCCGCAUGGUACGAUGAAUCGAAAAUUGGCAUUUUCCUGCAUUGGGGCGUAUUUUCAGUGCCAAGUCUGUUGAGCGAAUGGUUUUGGAUGCAGUGGGAAGGAGAAAAGAACAAACGUGCUAUAGAAUACAUGUCAGCAAACUACAAACCAGACUUUACUUAUGCUGACUUUGCUAAAGACUUUGAUGUUGACCUGUUUGAUCCAAACGAAUGGGCUGAUAUUUUCAAUGCCUCUGGAGCACAAUACAUCGUGUUGACAAGCAAGCACCAUGAGGGAUAUACCAACUGGCCGUCCAAAUACUCGUUUUCCUGGAACUCAAUGGAUGUUGGGCCACACAGGGACCUUGUUGGUGACUUGGCUACUGCAAUCCGCUCGAAGACAAACAUCCACUUUGGCCUGUACCAUUCCCUGUUUGAAUGGUUCCACCCCCUCUAUCUACGGGACAAGGCUAACAAGUGGAAGACCAAUGAAUUUGUCACUAGCAAGACGAUGCCGGAGCUUUAUGAGCUCGUGAACACAUACAAACCUGACGUGAUCUGGUCUGACGGAGACUGGGAAGCCCCUGAUACAUACUGGAACUCUACUGAGUUCAUUGCCUGGCUAUACAAUGACAGCCCAGUGAAGAACAGUGUUGUCACUAAUGAUCGCUGGGGACCAAAGGUUCGAUGCCAUCAUGGUGGCUUCCUAACUUGUACAGAUCGGUAUAACCCGGGAGUUCUUCAGAAGCGUAAAUGGGAGAAUGCCAUGACAGUGGAUAGCCAGUCAUGGGGAUACCGGCGGGAUGCCACUCUAAAAGACAUGCUAACUAUGGAAUCACUCCUUGCAACACUUGCUUCCACUGUCAGCUGUGGAGGGAACAUGCUGAUCAACGUAGGGCCCACAAAGGACGGGCGCAUCAUUCCACUGUUUGAGGAGCGACUACGGGCUCUGGGUGUGUGGCUACAGUUGAACGGGCAGGCCAUAUAUGGGACCAAGCCCUGGACCCACCAGAAUGACACCAUCGCCAAGAAUGUGUGGUACACUUCAAAGAAGAACACUGAUGGAGGAUUGGACGUAUAUGCCAUUCUACUGAACUUCCCCGACCCCGGUCAAUUUGUUCUUGGGGCCCCCACCGCAUCUCCUGACACCAAGGUUACCCUGCUGGGCUACUCAGACCCCCUCACAUGGAAGGGAUCAAAAGGGAUCAGUAUCACCAUCCCCGCCAUACCAUUCAACAGAAUGCCAUGUCAAUAUGCAUGGGUUCUGAAACUCACAAAUCUGUUUUGAUUAAGUAGACUUAACCAGUUGACAUGAUGCUAAACUGCCCUUGAAUAAGAAAAAGAAUGUUUAUCCAAUAUAUUAAGGUGGUAAUGACUGAGACAUUAAAAUACCAGCAGGGAAAUGGAUAAAUUGGGUUAAUUUUUUUGUUUGGGUUAUAGUUAGCAAGAAAGGGUAUUGAUUGGCCAAUAUUCAUUCAAUAAUUAUUAUUGACCAAUCAAAUGAAGUGCCUAAAUUUCUUGUUCAUAUAUCUACAGUACAUACCUAUUGAUUACCUUAUAAAUUGUAUAAAUUAAGUUGCAAAUAUUGUGGUACUUUUACAUGAUUUAUAGUUAAUUUGUUUACCUAAGAGCAUAUAUAAGCCGUGGCAUAUUUAUUAUUAAUUGGAUUACUGGUAAUCUUGGCCUAUCACAAAUAUGUCCUAUUCAUUAUAUUUCAUUGAAUCAACCUUCUUCUUCAGCAUGUUUAAGCAUCAUGUCAGUUACAAAUCAAGAAUGAAAGCAGAAAUGUUCUAAGUGAUUCUUUAUCUAUUGACACUUGCAAUCUUUUUGUUUUUAUCCUUGAGAAUGUACUCCACAAAAUUCCAUAUAAAUGUGAUAUUGCAAAUUUACAUCAGGUAGUUAGGUCCUUAACUAGAAAUAUUUGGAAUCAUAUAUAUAUUUUUUAAUCAUUACUUGUAAUUACGCAAUGUAUGUUUAUUUUCUUGUUUAUAACAAUGGAUGAGAGAGACCUUGCUUGAAACUUACCUUCAGUGUUGUUUGAAAUGUCUCGCUUAGUGUCUAAUUGGCCUUAACACAAGCUCAUUGGUCAAGUUUUGGCUGAUCAUCGCUGUAGAUUAGGGUUGUGUGAUUUUUACAAUUGUCAAGUCUAAUCAAGUCGUAUGAAAUAAAGUUCCCUUAAUUUGUUUGUUUAAGAUCCUAAAUGAGUUUGUAACAUGAUUUGUAUAACCCCUUGCUGUUUUACAAAUAACGACACUGGGCGUUCUGAAUCAGUGCGAAGAAAAAAAUCUAUCCUUCCUUCCUAUCACUAUAUUGCUUUUGAAUGUUUUUUGUUACAUUGUAGUUUUUUGAUUGGCAUGUACUUUUACUUGAGUUUGACUCUUGAUGAUAAUAGAAAGGGUUUUCUAAUGGUAGGCUUACCCAUUCACGUUUUCCUCGUGAUUUGCUAGAUACCAUUACCAUUCACUUUGGUAUGCCUUUAUGACCUAGAUCACAAAUCUGAUAUAUAACAUUCUUAUUGAGUAACAAAUUGCCCUUGGGUAAAAAUAUUAACAUGUCUUACAACUCGUGUCUUAGUUAUACUUAUAUUGACGCACGUUUAUUCUGAUUCUGCAUCCAACAAAAACUGCAUAAAACUUCCUUGCCAGACAUAAAAGGUGUUUAAACAUAAAAAAAUGGAUUUAUCGUGCUCAUGUAAGUGCACACGCCUUCGAACAGAAAAAAAAAGAUGCAAAGAUUCAGUAAAAUUUUAGCUGAUAUUACUUACCAGGUCAAAAUAUCCUCAUAUCCUCCCAAAACACCAAAAUCCUUUUGAAAACUGCCAUUUUGUUCCGCAUCUAACAUUUCCCUCACUUAAUAUUUGGCAAAAACAAUAUGUUGGAUACCCUGUCUGAUUAGUAGUUGAAAAUUGGUUUGUUGAAUGGUUUAAAAUGCAUAUGAUGCUAUUUUCUUCAUUACAGUUUUGUAAAUGAGUACAAUUAUUUUGUUGCUAUAAUCAAAUUAUUUUGUUAAUGAUUUUAUGUUCAUGUUUUAAUACUUUCUAUCUGUGCCUUAUAUUUUGUUCUGUGCAAUUUAGUGAUAAUAAUACCGAGAAACAUGUUAAAUAUUAUAUGUGCUACUUUGUCUAUGUACUCAAUAAAAUCGUGACCAGCUUCAAA